GCGGAAGAUGCCAUUUUGUCAAUCGAAUAAGAUCUGGAAAGAACACCAUUGCGAUACAGCAGAAAAGAAUUGGGAGUGAUUUUUUACCAUCCAUCACUCAAAAUUAACAACAGAGUAGUUGAAAGAGUCCCUAACAUCAACAAAAACACCAACAGAUUAAAAAGCUAACAAAAUAUCGUGAAUACAACAUUUUAAGGAGAGAAAAAUAAGUACAUACGAGAUUUUUGUAAGCUAGAAAAUGGCAGACUCAGACAAACAGCUACCGAUUGAGCAGCAGCAGCAACAACACCAGCAGGAUAUUGACGAAGGUGAUGCUGUUCAGGCCCAAUUGAAAUCGCUGCCACCGAAGGAAGUCAUUGCAACCAAAGUAACUGGUACUGUAAAAUGGUUCAAUGUAAAGAGCGGUUAUGGUUUCAUCAAUAGAAAUGACACCAAAGAAGAUGUGUUUGUUCAUCAAAGCGCCAUUGCAAGAAAUAACCCGAAAAAAGCGGUGCGCUCAGUUGGCGAUGGUGAAGUCGUCGAAUUUGAUGUUGUCAUAGGAGAAAAAGGUAAUGAAGCCGCCAAUGUUACUGGUCCAUCUGGUGAACCGGUACGUGGUAGUCAAUUCGCCGCUGACAAACGCAGAAACUAUCGCCCAUGGAAUAACCGCAAUCGCCGCAAGCCUCAAGGUGGACAAGGACCAGACGGAAAUGUUCAACAAGGUGUUGAAGGCGAAGUUAGAUCUGACGGUCAACAGCAGCAACGUCCACAGCGUAACUACCGUCGUGGAGGUGGUCCAACCGGUGGCCCUGGUGGUCGUGGCGGUCGCGGUCGUCGUUUCAAUAACUAUUAUCCACGAAAUCAAGGUAGACGUUCAGGUGGCAGCGAAAGUGGAUUGAUCGAGGGCGGAAAUGACCAGAACGCUGACUCCACACAAAGGGGCGGUGAUGGUCAAGAUUUGCCAGCGCGACGGCCACAAAGACGUUUCGUCCGGCGCAAUUUCAAUAAUGGCGGAGGUAGACGUGGUCCACGCGAUGAUGAAGUUUUCGGCAAUGGUGGACAAGGACCUCCACGCAACAAUCGUCCAAGACGAAACAGGAAACCCAUCGGUGCUGGAGGUGGCUCUGGUGCCGAAGGUCAACAUCAACAGUCUCAGCAGGACGUUGGUCACGAAGUGCAGAAUACCACAACUGAAAGUACAGCAUAAUCCACCGGUUAGGUGACAAUAAUGCGAUUCUACACCGAACAACCAACAAAUCAAACAACAACAAUUGCAACAGGAGUGGAAUAGAAAUAAAAAAAAAAACAGCUUAUUAAAGAAAAAAACCAAAUUAAUUUUGUUUUAUAAAGAAAAAUGUAUGUGGUAGAACGCAUUACACAAUACUAAUCAAAAAAGAAAACUCUAGAAGCGAAAUGUUAGUCCGCAUGUACUAUUAGCAAUUUUUUUGUUUUUUUUUUGCUAUACACAUCAGUUAUAAUACAACAUAUGAGAUGUCUUCACGAUUAAGGAUAUUUUAUAUAUAUUCGUGAACUAAUUAGGCUGAUGAUAAAAACUGUUAAAUUUGAUCCCUCUUU